UUGUAGGAACCACUGCUUUAGAAGAUUCGAAAUUAAAAAAGAACGUGUCGCAGUGUUUUGAUUGGUUAUGCUGUUGCGGAAACCCUGAGCCGGUCGACACAAGUCCGCGGAGGUCCACUCUUGGCCAUCAUAUCAUCGGAUGGUUGACUAUUCUACUCGCGACUCAUGACGAAAACGAUGUUUUGCCGAAAAUUUAAUCAAGUCGACGAGCUUGUUUCCGUUAUGUGUGUUUUGCUCGAUCGCCCCCAUAGUCACUUCCAGGUAAUGAACAUUUUCUGGUGUCGCUUCUUCGAACGUAACGUUUAAUCGUGAUACUUUACACACCCGCAUUCGUGGAGCUUCUUGUUCAGUGUUUGUUUGUGUGACCUACUUCCCUGUUCUUUGGAACACUUCUUUCUUCGUCAGCGUGUCUAGGUUUGGCUUUUGGAGAAGACAGGAAGGAGAGAGGACGUUCACUCUCUUGGCUCUUCUUUCUUCAUUGGUAGCGCCAGCCUAUUCGCAGUUUCUGACGACUUAAAAGUGGCGGAAAUGUUCCCCGGCUAACAACAAUAGCAUCGGUAACAUCCUCGUCUCAUUGUGCCCAUGAAUGACCAUUCAGUAUAGCCGUCUAGCUGAGGGUUCAAAGAAAAUGAGAGCUAACGGUGAGACGCCAGCAGGCCAUCACCGUGUUUUUCGUUCUUCGGUUUAGCAUAGUCCUUUACGUAAGUCUCCCCAAAACACGUGUAUGUGAACGGUUGAGUUCAGGCUCGCUGCCCAAGAGCUAGCUUUCAGCGCGGCGUCAUAAGCAAUUUGACUGCCCACCCAAGCGUGUUAGUCUCUAGGUAGCUCGAAUGCUCGCUUGGCGAGUUGCUGGGGGCGCCAAACCAAGUCGGUACGAGCGAACUCGUCCGGCGUCCUGGACGGUGCUGUUGCCGCCGGUGUGCCUUUAUCCUGCGAGGUCGAUGCCCUCUCGGCGGUCCAUGUAGAGCGGCGGGUGACAGCAACCAACCGCUAGAGGGAAAUCAAUUAUAAACGUGGGAUCUGUUACAAGAUUCUUGUUGGCAUAUGACAGCCUUAUUAUCUACGAACCAGAAGUAGAGGUUAAGCUGGCCGUUCAGUCCCGUUUGAGUGCGACAGACCCUCAAGGGCGGCACUGUUUGUGGUCGUUUCGCUUCUCUGCUGGUCGGAUCUGAGGGUUUCUGUUCUUUCCAUUUUGAGUCUACUUCUUUUCGCGUUUCUCUUGAUUUUGCUAAAAUGGGCUCGGCAAGGAGAGCCAAAGGUGAAAGGGCGGGCGAAACCGCAAGUACUCGCCAAAGACCGACAGUUAUGGGCACGUGGGUUGGACAUCUUGUCAAGAAGAUCCUCGGCCACGGCCACCAUAAGCAGUCUCAGGCCAACGAAGAAGGCAACGGCUUUGUCCUAGACAGCUGGGGACGGCCAGUUCCCAUAUCGCCGAGGGGGAACUUGCCUUGCUUGUUCUUUUAUUCGGAGUGCAGACGAGACAGUGGGCAUGUCUUCGAUGUUCCAUCAUUUAACCCUGCGAUACAUGGUCAUCCGUACCCUCAACACACGAGCAAGAUGAUAUAAAGCACGAAGUGGGCUGUUCGCCGGCAGACAGCCACAUGGUUCCAGCGACAGUGAUUACAAGCUGGAAAAUGUUUACGAAUCAGGACCUUCGACGAAUCUUCCCCACCUUCUCCCACACGGGAAUAUGAUUAUCUGCAAAGCAAAAGUUCUUGGGAGGAUACAAAGGUUCUUCGCAGCGGGUUUAGGAUCUGUUCUAGUCCUACUAUUUUUCCAUCGGAGUAACUAUACCCCAGCCCCGUCUUCACACAGUUUUCAGACACCUUGAAGGGCUCGAGCGGCAGUCAAAUUCAAUAAAGUCAGGUGGGUUCUGGGAGAUGGGACGUCUGUUGAAGAUGCGAAUGACCCGGGCAAAAGGCGGGUGCCAAGUUGGCGGUGCCGAUCUGCCACAUUGGGGGCAUGAAAUGCGGUUUUUUUACUGUUUUUUGUGCGCAACGUACGUAUUUUUGCAUAUUCGUUUUGUCAAAUAAAAUGGUGUUUGUUAGCAGAAGCCGGGAUCGCCCCUAGCAGAACUACGGUGAACACUCUGCUCAUCGACAUCUUGCUCCUAAGCGUCCCAUAACUCGCGAAAGGAUGUCGCAUGUGUAAGGGUGUUUAUGAUGGCGCUUUGCAUUCAAGAAUGCCAGGAUGAAACUAUGCAUUGGCAUGAGUUUGGGACUACCACGGAACAGCGUCAAGUGCUGCACUACUUCUGGGAACGAUGUCUUUUCAUGGAAAUACUCUGUACAAAUGUUUGUCAAACACAUUACAGGAAGUAUACUCGGUUGUUCCGGAACUAACGAGCAGCCACACCUGCCGCCGCCAAUGGAAUGAAAGGGCACGAAUCUCAAGUGCGCCGUAGCAAAAGCUUUUUCAGCGCCAGAGGCAGGAUCUUUAGGCAGACGACUGUGUUUCUGAGGAGCUGUGUAUCCAUAAGAUUUUCGGUCCUCUGUCGAACCACAGGGUCACUCUGGUCCUUGCUGGAAGGCCAAUUUGGUGUUGUUUCGCAGCGUGAAAGAAGAUAGAGUAAUUGUUCCUUUAGUGAUUCGUCUGCCGGCCACGUUGUCUGCUGACUCGCAAGCAGAUUAGGUUUGGGAACUGGAUGAUAACCUGUUUUUCUCUUUGGUCAACAGGGAUUACUGUAUUUUAUGAGUCCGCACCAGCACUGUAGAGGCAGAAUGUCAGUGACAGCGAAAAUGCAAGCAGGCUGCGAGGCGCUUCGGUGUAGGCAUUGGUUA